AUGAGCGACAAUAUUGCACUCUCGUUGGAUCAGUUCAUUACGAAUAAGAAGGCAGAGAGGAAGAAGAAGGCUGCACCACCCGCUGCCCCAAAGGCUGCACUAUCAAAGAACAAGUUGGCCAAGACAAAGUCAAAGGCAAAGCCUGUAAAGACACCAGCAAAGCCUGUCAAGCAAACAAAUACUUCAGCAAAGACAACAACAACGACAACAAAGAACAAUGGUAGAGAUGAGGCAUCAAGCAGCAAGGAUUCAUCAUCGACAGUGCCAAAUCUAAAGAUAACGAUCGAGAAUACAACGGCCAAACCAAAGGCUGCUGCGACCAAGCUGAUAGGAAAGGUUCAUCCCAAGGAGCUCAAGAUCACAACAGAGAACGACUUUUACAAGCCAAGCUUGACAUUGCCAACGAGGCCAGUGUCAUCGUUGCGAGAUGGACGCGCCCCGCUCAGGGGCUCAUCGUUGCUCAGCCGAUUGAGGACUAGACGUGACGACCUGGACAUGAGUCCGAUCAGAACCACCACUCGCUACGAUCGCGACGACUAUAUUGACGAUCGCUACGAACAAGAUGACGACAUCAUGGACGAUAACAUUGUCGACGACGACGACUACAGAUACAGCAGUGGCAGAGGCGGUGGCAGAGGCAGUGGCAGUGGCAGAGGCAGCACGAUCAUUGGUGGUGGCGGCAGUCCUAUCAGAGUUGGUAGCGGCCUCAGAGGAAUCAGAGGCAGUGGCAUCAGAGGCAGACAAACCCUAUCACUUCGCAGCAGUGGCGGUGGCAUGCCUCGCGGACACAUGUCGUCGCAUCGCGAUGACUACGUCGACGAGGAGGGCCACAGCUCUCUACUGAGAAGUCGCAAUCCACAUCACGAUAUCAAUCGAAUCAGAACUGGUACACACGAGACUGGACGCAACCUUAAACUCUUCACAGGCACCCGAUUGAGGGUAUACAACCUCCACUUUAACAUAUCAGAGGAUGACCUAAAGGCUAUAUUCGUCAGAGCAGGUGAAAUCAAGUCAGUUAGGAUCAAUUUCGAUAACAGUGGACGAUCAAAUGGAACAGCCUACGUGAUAUUCUACAACAAGGGCGAUGCAGACAUUGCUGUCAAGACCUUUAACAAUGCACAGUUGGAUGGUAAAAUGCUCAAGGUUGAGUACGACAAUGACAAUCGUGAUAUGUAG